AUGAUUAGGAGAAUAGAUGCAGCAAGUACUCGAAAAAUUAGUGCUGGGCAAGUUAUCACCGACUUGUCAAGUGUGGUGAAAGAGCUAUUGGAGAAUAGCCUUGACGCUAACGCGAGUGUGGUCACCAUCCGACUUUAUAAUUACGGUUUGACCAAGAUUGUCGUUGAGGAUGAUGGCGACGGGAUACCGAUGGGGGAUGUUCUGGAGGAGUCCAACCCACAGGGGAUAGUCGAUGAGGGCACCACGCCUCUUCUAAUGUGCCGCGCCACCACUAAACUAGCCCUCGCCAAAGGAUCGAUCCCGGUGACGAUGGCGGAUUUCGAGCACGUUGGCAGCCCUCCUUCCCUGGGGUUCCGCGGCGAGGCGUUGCACUCCUUGGCACAGGUCAGCGAUGUGACGAUUGAAACCCUCCACGAGAGCGGAUUUCCCCGCGCCGUCAAGAUCGUCUACGACCACCAGGCCCACAACGUUCAUUUGGAACUCUCACGGACGCCGCAAACCGUUGGCACUAUUGUAACAGCCGAGAACCUCUUUAGGCCUUUUCCGGUCCGGCACAAGGAGUUCGCGCGGAACGCCCGAAAACAGCUCCUGCGGGCGGUGAACCUGCUCAAACAGUAUGCGGUGUCACACCCGAGGUUGCGACUGGUCCUGGUGCACCAGGAGAACCCCGCGAGUGCCCUGGCAACGUUGAUUUCACUCACUGGAUCGAAUGAUCUCCUGCGCAGCGUGACGGAGUCCUACGGCGGGAUGUGUUCAUCGCGGAUGGUGCGUGUUCACUGGGACUGCUCCUUCGGAAGUAUUGAAGGGUUUGUGGCUAAGGUCGGAUCUGGCGGGCGGAUGAGCACGGAUCAUCAAAUCUUUUCACUCGACCACCGCCCGGUCGAUUUACCUCGCCUCGCUAAAACAAUUAAUGAUUGUUUCACGCAAUGCCUUCCGAACUCUUCGCAGAAGCUAUCCGUUGAGUUUUUCCUACAGAUCACAAUGAAAGAUCGCUACAAGUACGAUGUGAAUCUCACUCCUAACAAACGCAAAGUGGUUAUGAUAAAUGAGGAAAAAAUGGCUGAGGAGCUACGCGAGAUAGCUCUCAACGAGUUUCGUACCGCUUCGGAAAGUAUUGAAAUCACCCGUGAGGCAAGAAUCGCCCGCAUCCAUGCGGCUCAUCUUCAAGCGAACAACGUCACGAGACAGGUCCUCACACCAGUUUCCACUACUUCCUUUACUGAGUACAUCUUCAAAAAGAACGAUUCACUUCCAGGAGCAAUGCCACAUGCUGAACCCACUUCUUUUGUGGAGUUUAGUAAACUUGACCCUUUGUUAUAUUCUAACACGACCGAUGCGGAUACCUUGGAAUUGCAAUCAACGAUUACAAAUCCUUUGGAGGAUAAUGGUUAUGUAUUUGUCUUAGAUGAGGAUAUAGAGGGGAAGGAUAGUACCCUGAAUGAAAGUUGUAGUCCUCUUAUUAGUAUUGAAAAGGAUGUUGCAUCAGGAGGGGAUCUUGAGCAUUCUCAAGACAGUGCAUCAGAGCAAAUUGAGACAAAUGAACCUAUGUCUACAUCCAAACGCAGAAGGGUUGAAGGAGAAGGAUUAACCGACUCGUCGGAGAGCGAUGAGUGUAUUAUUCUUUCGGACAAUCUGAAUCAAGUACGCGAGAGGGGGUCAAUUACCAAUUCAGUAAACUUUCCCACAUGGGAAAACUUAGAAGGACAAAGUCUGGUAUUGAAAAAUUCGAAAAAUAUCCACGAGGAUAUGCCUUCACAUACAUGCGCCCGUAAAACUCGACGGAAUAACUUUUCCAACUUUCAGGAGCAAACAUCAGAGGAACUGGAAAAGUUUUUCCAUAAAAUAUCUUUUAAAGAAAUGCAAAUAAUUGGUCAAUUUAAUCAUGGCUUUAUUAUCGCCAUGCUCGGCACUAACCUCUUUGUGAUUGAUCAACAUGCAUCGGAUGAAAAGUAUAACUAUGAGCGGCUUAUGCGUGCGUACGUGGCGAAGCCGCAGCCGCUCGUGGUCUCAAUGCCAGUGGCAAUGAAUGCGGAGGAAGUGGAGCUGGCUCUGGUUCAUAGCGAGGAACUCAAACUUCAUGGAUUUCAAGUCAAACGAGGUGAUUGCGCAACGAAGCUUCUAGUCUGCUCAAUCCCGAUCCUCCCCUACGACGUUGUCAAUGCGGCUGACGUCCUUGAGCUUAUUCAGCAGCUGGUACGCUAUGGUUCCAUUAAUCAACCUUUGCGGUCUGUGUGGCACUCUAUGGCGACGAAAGCGUGCCGAAGCAGCAUAAUGAUUGGUACCGCACUGUCUGAAUCCACUAUGCGCACUAUUUUGAAUAAUUUGAGCGAAAUUGAACAACCAUGGGCGUGCCCUCACGGACGGCCGACACUACGACACCUGUUUAAUAUGCAGAACCUGAAGGAGCUUCAUAUGAAAUUAUCUUCCUAA